GCAUAGACGUCUCUAUGGCAAUGUAGCGAAGCUUCCUCCGUUCAGUGUUACGUCACAUCCGGUUUGCUCUAUCGUGGCGAAUGUUAGCAGGCUAACAUUAUUAUACGAAAAAGCAUGGCGGCGGACGGGAAGACGGACGAUUAUCCUUUCGAGAUAGACGAGCAACUUAAGGGCUUCGAAUCGUCUAUGUCUGCCGUCAAAAACAUGUUGGGCACUCUCCUGUCGAUGCCCAAAAAUGAGCUGGAGAAAAAGUUGGAUCCUCUGGACCAGGCCAAACUGGAUCUGAUGUCUGCUUACACGCUUAAUUCUUUAUUCUGGACGUACUUGGUAACACAAGGCGUCAAUCCGAGAGAACAUGGCAUCAAACAAGAACUGGAGCGAAUAAGGACUUACAUGAACAGAGUGAAAGACAUCACGGACAAGAAGAAGGCGGCCCGCCUGGAUAAGGGCGCCGCGGGCCGCUUCUUGAGGAACGCCCUCUACGAUCCGAAGGAAAAGGCGUCCAGGAAAACAGCGGCGGCGGCCCAUAAAACGUCGGACGUGACGCCAGCCAAGCGGCCCAAGAAAAAAUGAGGCAGAGGUUUUUUUGGGGGGGGGGAUUUUUCCCAAGCAGAGCUGUUCCAGACCAUAACUGUAAAAAAAACAAAAAACAACAACAACAUUGUAAUCCGUUUGUAAAAUGGCCUGAGAAAUGUCUGAAAAUGUUUUAUUUAGUGAGACUAGUUUAUUAUAAUGAAAAUGUCAAUUUCAGAGUGUCUGACGUUUUAUGCAACAAGUUAGUGAUUCUAUGAAUGCAGUUAGUAAUACUGUGUUAGAGUUUGUUGUGUUGUUAGAUGUGUUGUGUUGCUUCAAAUGUUGACACUUGACAUAAACACUUUAUGAUGUGG